CAGAGGAGGAGUGCUAUCACUGCAUCACUUGCCUCGUGUCUGCCAAAGACCGCAUUUUCAUCACACAAACGAAGCAGCUGUAUGAGGUGACAUGGCGAACUGUCAUGCAAAUCACUAAGAAGCACGUGAAAUCGGCAGCGGUGCACCUGGCUCGGCAUUGCCCCAGCGCACGCGCUGAGCGCAUUUAUGCGGACUGGCUGUGGUGGAUCUUGCAAGACCUACCUUUCAAUCACCUCGUACGUGUGAUGGACUGUUUCUUCAAUGAAGGUAUUAAGGUUCUCUACAGAGUAACUAUGGCAAUUUUGGUGCUUUUCCACAAACACUCUGCUUCACAGAGCUCUGAAUGGAUGAAGGAAAUCCACCACAAUGGAAUAGACUCUGCACUAUCAAAGUUUUGCAGAGAAAUGCCUGUUUCCCCUGCCAAAGUACUACGGGCUGCAUUUGGGAUUCGUGCUUUAAGCAGUGCUUACAUCAGUCGGGUAUUCGUGAAGACAGAAAUGCUUCUGAAGAGCCGAACAAUGCAAAGCUCCUCUCGACAAUUGGUGAAGUCUCGCUCUUCAGACAAUCUCCCUACAUCGCAGUCACAAGUCAACAUCCAGAUGAUGUCUCACACCCUGACCAUCAGAGAGGUAGGGGUUACCAUUAUUUGCUUGUCUUUGGGGAAGGCUGGUGUGUGCAUGUCUGUGUGUGUAUAUGUGGCGGGUGUUUGGGGUAGGGUUUUGGGGAGUCUGAUGCGCUGGUGCUCUUGUGGUGCUGCACAAAAGGGAGCUCACUCCCCGGGCGCGCGGGUGCCUUCAAUGGGUGCGUACCCCAUCCACAACAUGCGCUCCCAGGUGGUGGAUGAGGAGCAGUUGUUUACGCUGUGGUCAUGGCUGCCGGUGCGCAUCACGAUGUACCAACCUGUGCUGCUAUACACGACGGAGGAGCACGGUUGCUCCCUCACCACCUUCUACGUACGUGUGGAGCAGCACGAGCCAACGCUCAUGAUGAUCAAGACCUGCAACAACGAGGUCUUUGGUGCUUACUGCUCAACACGCUGGGGAGAACGCAACAUCAAGGACGAUCGAGGAAAUCGGCAGGCAUACUUUGGGACUGGAGAGACGUUCCUUUUCAGCCUGUACCCUGAGCGAGCCAAGUACCCGUGGGUGGGCAUUGAUUGUGUGUCGGGGGAUCCCAGCAUCCAUCACUCAGCUGAGCUUUUCAUGGCUGCUGACUCGACCAUGAUAACCAUCGGUGGCGGGGAGGGUCAGGCCAUUUGGAUGGAUGAGAACAUUCGCUAUGGGAAGACAGACCACUGUCUUACCUUCAAUAAUCCUCCUCUUUGCACAAGCCGAGAUUUUGAAAUCAGGGUGCUGGAGGUGUAUGGGUUUACUGGAGCAUAAAGGACCAGACUGGCAGCUGGGUUUAAAUGCUACUUGACAAUUGACAACCCUUGCCACUAGUCAGUGCGACUUAAGUGUAAACAUGCACUAUAAACAAUUUGCUGCUAUGACAAGCUCUACUGUCACCUGUCAAUUUAUUAUUUACACAAAUGCUUCAAUAUACAUCGACAUAUAAACGAAUGAAAACUUAAUGGAAUUAAUACUGUUAUAAUUAUGUUUAUUAUUUGUUGAUUUUUUGUUAAUAUUUGUUAAUAUAAAUACAGGAGUUUGGGGGCUGCCUGCCUGUCCUCUUGUCCCAAGCUCGUGUCUGUACAAUGUGUUUGUUAGUCUGCAUAUCAAUAAGUUUAUUGUGUGAAGCUGGGGCUGCCUUGUAGGAGGUGGCUGCGGAGCUGUGGCCUAAGGCAAAGAGCCUCUCUUGGCUGACAGGGCUAGUUCUGACAUGGCGCAAAGACACUUAUGUAGAGCUGUUAACAGCUGAAAGGAAAUGUUGACCAACACUGUUCAAUUUUCUUUGACUGAAAAGACUACUUGAAAAGUUUUUCUUUAGUCACAGAUAAUAGAAGCAUAUUGUUUUUUUGCUAUGCUAAUUUAAAAUUUAUUGUUGACUCGCAUUAGAUAUAACAUUGAUAAUAGUAGCUGCCAUCAGUGAAACCAGACAGUGUUGCUUUCAGUUGCAAAGACAGUCUAGUAAGUAUUUUUGAAGUGGUAAUGCUUAUUCUAAGCAAGCACAACGAACAUUCAAAAAAAGGGAGUGGCGACGGUCUAAUAAGAUCCAAUAUCACUUCCAGAUUGGAAUUUUCUGUUCUGUAAAAAUAAGCAAAAUGGAUAUUACCCAAUUUUAUUUUAAAUGAAGAAAAAAGUAUUCCAACAAUAAUAACAAAGUAAGGCUGUGACCGGAUUUGACUUAUAAAGAUUUGAUCUUGUUUUAUAACCUUUUAAAAGAACCUUCAAAAUUAACCAGAUUAUUAUUUACGUCACUUCUUGCAUCUCUUUUAACACAUCAGUCUUAAAAUAGUUCUUAAACUUAUGCCUUAUAUUAGAUAAGAGCCAUACUGUUUCCAUUUUUCUUGUUUUGUGUGGUGAGAGACGAUGUAAACAUGUACCUGGAAAUAUAUCCUUUAGGGAUAUUGCAAUUGAUCUGUACAUGUGAUGUAGUGCUACUUCCAGAACUAGCCCUGUACAAUUCUUAGCUAUGAACUCUUCCUUUGUGUUGGUGUUGGCCCAUCCCAUAGCAGGACCACCUAGUGUGUCCUGAGAUUCUAGUCGACCAAGCCUGUAAACUGCCAGGAGGAGACAAGGGGGUUGUCUGCAAGGAGCCACACACACUGUGCAUUUACAUAUCAAGGACACAGACUCCAUGUCCCUCAUCUUGAGCUGGCUAUUCAAAAUAAGAACCAAGUACACCGAUUAGUCGGAAUUUCUGUGCAAUCUUGGGUGCGUUUUUUCUCUGAGAAAACAAAUAAAAAAAGAAAAGAAAAUUAAGAAUUUAAAAGUAAUGUUUAGUUGAAAGUUUUUAGUGGAUUACGUUGUGAUAUUUUUCCAUUUAUCCUUCAAUUUUAUGUUAUUGUUUUCUCUCCUUUGUGCAAUAAAAAUUGUGCUUGGAUGUAGUAUGUGUUUAAUAACUUUGUAGCUGUAAAUGCUACAAAAAUGUUGUUUUUUGUUUCUUCGAGGAAAAUUCACAUCUAGAAUAUGAGCAGAUUUAUCUGAUUUGCCCUACGUAUUUGGCUGUGCUUUGAACACGAGGGCAUAGUCAGAAAGUGCUACUUGCUUUAGGUCUUGUUUCCUUUGACCAAGACUGCCUUGUAGAGGCUUUAGUGUACGAUGAACGUGGUAAAUUGAAUCAGUUUGUACAACAUAUUCCUGGAAAGUACAUUUGGAAUAUGGAUCGUACUGAUUUUUGGAGCUCACUUUGUCUGUAUUGAUGUUUCGGUAGAUGAAAACUUAAAUUCUGUCAUUUGUCCCCUGGUAAGUGUUCCAAAAUUCAGUUGCUGUAAAAGACAUUUUUGUAAUUUGUAAUGAGAUGAGAAAUCAGAAAUUCUUUUAUUACAGAACUUCAUUUAAAUAGUUUAUUUGAAGUGAAGCCUGAAAUUAAUUUAUUCACUGUUCUGCAAGAAAAUAACUUACUGUGUUGUCUUAAUGUUCCAGAACAUGCUCAGUCUAUUUGCAAACCUCUUAUUCAUGAAAAUUAAUGAAAAGAAAGGUUAUUCCAAGUAGUCAGUGGUUUUGUGAGGUAUUGUGUUCAUCAAAAUGUCUGGGGUAUUUUGUCUAUAUUCUUUAUUGUUGGUGGCAAUUUUAAGGCAAUACUCUCAAAUUUUAGAUUCAUACAUUGUAUUGUUGGCUUCAAGUUAUUAAGAUCAGAUAACUAUCGAAGUGGAAACAUUAUGAAGAGUUCUUUUGCUAUGUCUUUACUCUUGGUCUGUUUGGAGUGAGCUCCUGGCCUUUUUUAUAUUUCAUUUUGUAAAGUCUGUGAUAACUCAGCUAUCUAUCUAUGUAGAUAAAAUCUUUAAGUUUUGUAUGCAUAAUUCUUCUAACUGACAGUCUGAUAAAUUGAAUGAAAAGAAAAGGAAUUGUGUAUUAGCAAGUUAAUUUUGUAAGUUUCAUUGCUGUAUGUAUAUUAUAGAGUAGUUAUCACCAAGUGGGUGUGUGCACUGAACGUAUUAUAGAACUCUGUAAUAUUGUCAAUGGAUUUAUGUGAGUAAUAAAAAUGUUCCCUCCUUGGGAUGAAUGUAAUAAAACUGAAAGUUUACAAAAGAUUUCUGGUGUUUCUCUUACAGUUAAAAAUAAAAUGGCACAAUGUGUGAUUCUCAGGAUGGCAUUGGUAAGAAGUCAUGGAAACUAGAGACACAAGAUGUCGAUUUUUUGUUGUCAAAUAGUCACUUUUGAUUUACACCAGAGGUGCAUCCAGAAUUUUUUCAAUGGGGGGGGGGGGAGGUUGGUAACUCUGAAGU